UUAAAAUAAACUAGAUUUUCGUUCCCAGCCGCACGGACGUGCAUUUGGCGCCAAGUAAAAUGGUGUUGAAAUCAGGAUUCCUGUCAAAUUAAUUUACUAAACCGACAAUCAAAUGGCCAGAACCAAUUAAACCAAAAACUAGAGAACACAUGACCGGAACAUAAUAGUGAUGCCAGCAGAAAAUAAAGGCCAAUUUAAACAUAUUGACUUAUGACAAUUGAAUAGUUGUGGCGUGGGUAUCCAAUCGGAGCCUUCAAUAUGAAAAGUAGUAACAAAGCUCGCGAUUAGAUAACAGUCUCCAAAUAGUGAUGCUUCCAAGUCACUAUAUUUAAAUUACACAACAGAGAGACCGCAUCGGACAGCAUGCGGAUGUUGUUGUGGUGCGCAGUGUGAGGAGUGGUGUGUGGUAUUAGUGUGGUAUUAGUGUGGUUGAUUGACACUCGUGACAGAAUAGACAUUCAUCGGUGUGAACGUUUGGUUUCGGGGUAUGAUAGUUUAAUCGUGUAGAUCAUGGUUUCAUUAUAGAUAAUCAUAAAUUAUCAGAGCAGAGUGUCAUACUAUUCCAGUGGUGAUAUACAAGAUCAUUUCUGCUGACUUGAGAAAAUGGAUGAUUUCAGUGUUGCUGAAAAUGUAAUUUCCUCGCCGUUAUGCUUUGCUGCUCGUCAAGGGAAAAUUGAUGUUUUGCAGCACUUGUUAGAGAAAGGACAUCAUGUAAAUUUGAAUGAUAAUCGAGGUUGGACACCUUUACAUGAAGCAAUAGCAAAUGGACAUCUGGACUGUGUAAGAUUAUUAUUCCAGCAAGAUGAAUGUGAUGUAAAUGCUUGCACCUUUGAUGGAAUGACACCCAUGUAUGUGGCAUGUCAGUAUCAGGACAGCAUUGAACUUAUUAAAUUGCUUGUAGAACAUGGUGUUAGUGUCAACAAAGGAAACACUGAAAAUAUUACUCCUCUUCAUGUUGCUAGUAAAUCCUACAAACUUGAUGUAGUAAAAGAGCUUGUGAAAAAUGGAGCAGUAGUAAAUGUCCAAGAUUUUAACAAUUUCACACCAUUAAUGGAAGCUAUAGAUGAAGUCAGAAGUAAAUGGAAUCAGAAAAACGAAACACCACUGGAAGUUAUUCGUUUUCUAUUAGAUAAUGGUGCUAAUGUUAAUUUGACAGAUCUACAUGGGCGCUCUGCAUUUUUUAUUGCUGUAUGUGUAAAUUGGAAUGAAUGUGUUCAGCUUCUUCUUGAAUAUGGCCCGGAUGUGAAUAUGAGGACCAAUGAUAAUCGAACUGCUCUCUUCAUUGCUGCCAACAAAGAGAAUUUACCUCUGGUGAAAUUAUUACUUAAUUAUGGGGCAGUGGUUGAUGUGAUUUGUGACGAUGGCACAAUGCCUCUUCAUGAGGCAAUUCAUAAUGGAAAUGUGAGUGUGGCAGAAGAAUUAAUGAAGAAAAUUAAUGUUGAAGAAGUCAUUGCAAGAAAUGAGAGAGAACUGCAAAGCUUCUUAAUUUUUGCAAUUGAUUCAGGCUCAUUAGAAUGCUUCAAGUUGGUAAUGGACCAUAAAUUAUAUUCUUAUGUGGAUUGUCUUCCCUUUUCUGUAAAGGAUUCACCUACACUAUUGAAUGAAAUUAGUUUCAAACACUAUAGGUAUGUCUCUCCUCUGAGCUUCCUUUUGUAUCAUCACUUACAAGAACGGUAUGCCCCACCAAUGCUGCAGUGUAUUCUUGACUCUGGUGAUUUUUCUGUAAAUGCUUUUACGGAAGAUUUCAUGCCGCCUCUUGUGGCUCUAAUUGUAGGCUUAAGUAGUGACUCCAAAACCAUUGAAAAGCUUCAAUAUUUUUCAAAAUUACUUGAAAUGGGGGCAGAUAUUGAUUAUAACAGUGUCGAAACGCAUUCUGAAGAUUUAUUAGUCCCUGAUAUCGUAAGGGCAAUAAUAAUUCCCAGCAAAUGCAAUGUACAACAGAGCUUACUCUUGCCAGUGUUAGCUCAUUGUUUUGCAUGCAACUGGGAUGAUCUUUUGGAUUGGUUGGUGAAAGACCAGACUUGUAGUGCAUUUGUCCUGAGUGUUUUAAUUAAACUUGGAAUAAGAUCAAAACAGUCAUUAUUACAAAUAUGGGAUCAGAUUAAGCAUUGUUCUUGUAAUAUCUGUGAGAAAGAAUUACCAAAUAUUCAUAAAUUGGUUUGUGAGUAUCGUGAAACAGAUGUAACUCUGCAGUCUUUGUGUCGAGUAAAGGUUCGAAAUUUACUCUGGGAGUAUACAGGAAGAAGUAAAAAGGCUGAAGAUCUUCUUCAUAAACUGUGUGUUCCAUUUCCUGUGAAACAAUUCAUCAUACCUGAAAAAUUGUAACACAAAAAGGAAGAUAAACAAUUUCUAUUACCAUUACCUCCUAGUAUUCUCUUUACGAAAGCCAUAGCUACUAAUAUUAUUAUUAUGUUUCAUUACUAAAUUGUAAAUUUAUAUACCCUUAAAAACAUACAAAUAUGCUAACAAAAUAAGAAACUAGUUGUGCUAAAACAGUACAACGUUUCUCGCCAUUAGGAAUGGUUAUUUGCAACAUAAUUUCUCUCUGAAUUAUUUUUUGUGAAACUCUUUCCUAAAUUCUUUUCUUAGAAAUCUUAGAACAUUCGGUUUGAAAAAUAAGCAAAAUGCAAGAAAGUUAGAUAUUUAAAAGUUAAUAAAUAAUAAGAUACUGAUUGUGUUCGAAAACAAAUAGAUCAAAAAAUAUAAUAGUAAAUAUUAAACAUUAUGGUAUUGUAAUAUUCUACAAAAAUAUAAAAGUAUUGAAUUACUUUUUAUUUCUGUGAACUAAAC